AUUUAAUAAGGAAGGUCACAGGCAUCGUUGUGCUACAUGUUGCCGUAUUUAUUUAUUUAUUUUUUAUACGUAGCUCGAUAGGCAUUGGUUCGUGCGAGCAUAAUUUAAUGCGGACAAAACACCAAAAAUGAUGAGAGGUUAUUAGCGGCAGUCAAGACAUAGCCUAUAUCCAAGAUGAAUACUUGCGGCCAUCUCCCAGUACUCUGUGUUUUAUUGUUGGUUUUUCAGGGUGUUUUCUGUAGCGAAUUUGCCGAGAGGAAAUACGCUGUGUCGAUGUUUAAAUUUCACGACGACAUUUCAAGUGGCGAUAUCUUCAAGUCGUUUUGGCGAAACUCAAAACAGCGAAGAAGUGUGAAGUUUGUGGGAGAUGGACAGCUGCAGACACAAAAAACUAAACCGCAAUUUGAAUGCGGCGACCGAGUCUUAAAACUUCUUCUAAAGCAUGUAGAUGUGACCAAUAUCCGAUUUUAUGGACCACAGGGAGACCUGCUUCACUUGGACCAUUUGGCAGCAUUUUGUGGUGUUUCCAUCAAGAAUACAAACACUGAUGUUCGCCUGCUGUUCAACUAUGAUUCCUGUUAUAUGAGACAAGAGCUAAACAAAUAUGUAUUAUCUCUGAGCUGGUAUGGGGCAGAUCUUGACCUGUCCUGUCCUGUAAGUGUGACUCCUCCCUCCAUCACAUGUAAGAACAAUGGCAUGGAAUUGAUUGUUGGUGAUGGAACAGCAGAUGUACUGUCAGUUGCAUUACAUGGAGAAUGGGCACCUCUGCUUUAUGUGGCGACUCGAUGCUGGCACCGGAAGCUGUCUAAGCAGGGAGAUCUCAUCUUCUUGGUUCCAUAUACAAGCUGUGGUGUCACCGGCAGAGAUGGUCGUUCUGAUCUGAAAUUGAAAUUAAAAGACAAGGUGAUCACACUGUCCUGUCCACGUGAGCCACAAAGGGAACCCGAUGUAUACCAAAAGCCACCAACUGGAUUACCUACAAAAGCAAUAGCCAGUCAGAUAGUGGAGGAGCAAGCAUUUCCUGUUGAGCAACUGGCACGAAAUGCAGCUAGAACACCCUCUCAACACCGAAGUCCUUUGCUGCCUAAAAUACCGCCUUUGCCUGGCUCUUUUAAUCUAGCUGUAAACUUCCCAUUUUCACUUCCCAUACCAACACGGCAACCUCACAGAGACAUUUUAAAACAGGUUAAACAUGUGACUCCUGCACUGACUUAUGCUCCGACCGCUGAACCUACUGUCCCGAGCUCCGAGUUUAGCUCCAAUACUCAAAAUGGACGGUCCCGUGUCUCUUAUGCGCAGAUGCAACAGGAACGUGCUAAUCCGGUCACUAAGGCUCCUAAACCUGAAUCUCACUACAUGCAGGAUCUGUAUAAUUUUGAAAAACCUGCUUCAACUCCUCAAACUGAGCCUUAUCCUGCUUCAGAAUAUCAACUUUCAAGAGCGUCUGUCCCUAGUGCUGCACCAUAUCAGCCUUAUGGGUCAGCUCAGAACUUUCCUAAACCUAAUCCACUUCAAGUAAAUCCUGCUUUAGCCAGCUUGGCACACUAUAUUCCACCUGGUUAUUUCCUAUGCUCCGAGGACAAUCAACAACCACCGAUUCACCCACAGAUGUUUCAGCCUCCUGUUCCGAAUCAGCCUUUGCAAUAUCAAAAUCCUAUUUAUCAAAAGCCUAUUUAUCAAAAGCCUGAUAUUACUCUACUUGCACCUGCUAAUCCUGAUACACCUCCCAUGAAAGAGUACUCGGAACAUCAACUGACUAGUGAUGUAGCUUCUAGCUCCCUUUAUUCUGAUACCCCACUUUACCAGCCAUCUCAACAUUUCCAGCCUCCUCAGUACCAGCGGUACUUUUACCAAAGUAGUUAUGAUGGUCGUCAAGGUUCCACCACACCCUUAUCACCUACUUCUCAGCUUAUUCCCAUAAAUAUGCAGUCUCAAACAAGGCCAUAUCCUGCUUUCCAAGAUUCAAGACCCUUCCAGCCACAAUAUUACCAAAAGCCUAGUCAACCUUAUGGGUCAAUCCAACAGCCGUGGUCAACCAGUCACUUUCCUGUUAAAGGGUUAUCUCAAGACUCGAGACGAUUUAUGUCUGCUUCAAGCCAGACACCGGUAUAUCUCCAGUAUCAGACUGGUGGAGACCAAUCUCCAAAUCCGUAUCUGAGGUCUGUUGUCCAUACCCCUGUCACAGGAAUCUCAAGUCGUUCACAAUACCAGCCCAGUCAGUUUUCCAAACUCCCAUAUCCACCGUUGAGACCAGAGGUACUUUCAGGUGAUGUUUCCACAGAAGAUGCUGGAUCUAGUUUUACAGGAUCUUUCCAGCCACGGUUUAAAUCUUCAAUUCCAAGUCCCCCUGUGCACCUUCCUUUACGGGAAAAAACUGAGGCACAGGUUGAAAGGCCAGGCGAACCAAGAAGUCGGAAGCCUCAGAAUGACACCCUGUCACCAUUGAGACCAGAGGUACUUUCAGGUGAUGUUUCCACAGAAAAUACUGGAUCUAGUCCUAUAGGAUCUUUCCAGCCACGGUUUAAAUCUUCAAUUCCAAGUCCACCUGUGCACCUUCCUUUACGGGAAAAAACUGAGGCACAGGUUGAAAGGCCAGGCGAACCAAGAAGUCGGAAGCCUCAGAGUGACACCCUCCCACUGCACCAAUUCUUCAGACGGGCGAGACUACCGAAGGAUGUUUAUGUGGCCCCACACUUUAGGUCUACCUCAAAGAAAUGAGUGCAAUUGGCAAGAAAGGCAUCACAUAUGUCUGCAGACCUCCAGCUGCUGAUGCUCACAAUUAAAAUGUGGCUGGGGUUUAUGUACAAUGUUUGUUUGGAAGAGAUGGUCUUAAUAAAUGGUCUUUUGGGAGGCUUUGUUUAAACUUGUUUUCAAGCUUU